AUGGGAGCCUCCUUUUCUUUCGCGUUCAAUCAAUCCAUUUGCUCCUCAUACUCAUCCGCAACCUCGCCGACCUCUGCCGUUCCCCAUGUGAUCGCGCCCUUUACCAUGGAUCUGGACGAUUUGCAAACUCAACUGGCGGCGUGGGUGCACGAAGCGGCCCACGCCUUCCAGAAAGUGCCAGGCUCGGCCGUCCUCAUUCGCUAUGUGCGGUCGAGCUACCAGAACGACCCUAUCCGCUCCGCCAUCGAGCUCGUCCUCGUCAUCUUCUUCAUACGAUACCUCCUCGCGCCGUCCUACUCUACGCAGAAGCAGAACUUCAUCAAACUGCGCGACGAUGAGAUUGACGAGCUCAUCGACGAGUGGGUGCCGGAGCCGCUGGUCCCGCCCCAGACGGCCAUGGAGGAGCUCGAGAGCGAGCGCUUACCUGUCAUUGUAGGACCGACUGGUCCCAAGUCCAAACUGUCCAAUGGCCGAACCGUCACGAACCUGGCUUCAUACAACUUUUAUAACUUCAAUGCCAAUGAGCAGAUCAAGGAGAAGGCGAUCCAGACCCUGCGCACCUACGGUGUCGGCCCCUGCGGCCCGCCCCAGUUCUACGGCACCCAGGACGUCCACAUGAAGACCGAAGCCGACAUUGCUGCGUACCUGGGCACCGAGGGAUGCAUCGUCUAUGCACAGGCCUUUUCGACCAUCUCCAGCGUGAUACCGGCCUUUUGCAAGAGAGGAGACGUCAUCAUCGCCGACAAGGCGGUCAACUACUCGAUCCGCAAGGGCCUAGAGAUCUCUAGGAGCAAUAUCCGAUGGUACAACCACGGCGACAUGCGGGACCUAGAGACCCAGAUGCGCAAGGUCGCGCAGGAGCAGGCCCAGCAGAAGAAGCUCACCCGGAGGUUCAUCGUCACCGAGGGCUUAUUUGAGAUCACGGGGGAUUGUACCGAUCUUCCCAAGCUGAUCGAACUGAAGGAGAAGUACAAGUUCCGCAUCAUCCUCGACGAAACCUGGUCUUUUGGCGUCCUCGGGCGCACGGGCAGGGGCCUCACCGAGGCCCAGAAUGUCGAUCCAUCCCAGGUCGACAUGAUCAUUGGUUCCCUGGCCGGCCCGCUGUGCGCCGGCGGUGGCUUCUGCGCCGGCACCAAAGACGUCGUGGACCACCAGCGCAUCACAGCCGCGUCCUACACCUUUUCGGCGGCUCUGCCGGCCAUGCUUGCCGUGACGGCAAGCGAGACGCUCAACAUCAUUCAGUCAAACCCGGAGAUCCUGGCGCAGUGCAGGGAAAAUAUCAAGACCAUGAAAGCGCAGCUGGACCCGCGUAGCGACUGGGUUUUGUGCACGAGCGCACCGGAGAACCCCAUCAUGCUCCUAGUCCUCAAGCCAGAGGUGGUGCAGGCGAGGAGGCUGAGCGCCGAGGACCAGGAGAGGCUUCUGCAAGACUGCGUCGACGAGGCACUGGCCAACGGCGUACUCAUCACGCGACUCAAGCUCGCGCCUGUGGCGAGCAGCAUCAACCCCAAGGAUAGCUGGAGGCCGCAGCCGGCUCUCAAGGUGUGCAUCACGUCCGGCUUAUCCAAGAAGGACAUUGAGAAGGCCGGAGUUACGAUCCGCCACGCCAUUACCAAGGUCAUGACACGCAAGAAUCACAAGGCCGGGACACCUGGGGCCGCUUGA